ACAAGAGAUUUAAAAUGCGAAUCGGGGCAGCGUAAGUUUGGGGCGUUUCUAGGCCUGACCAUGCCUGAUGAGCAGACGAGGCGGGUGGGGCCCGGCCACAGUGACAGAACUGUCCCUAAGCCCAGGGAAAAGCCCCGUAAGGACCAUGGGAGGGAGAAGGCGCGCUUCCCCAGGCCGGCGGAGGAUGAGAUCAGCAGGUUGAAAGAGGUCAUUUACCUUCAAAGUCAACUUCAGAACCCCCGGAGCUUGGAGAGCGACCAAUUUAGUGCGUCUGCCGACCUGCAACGGAAGCUUAACCAGCUAGAGAAGGAAAAGCUGGAAUUCUGCAUCAAGUUCAACGAGGAGGUUUCCAGGUAUGAAGAGCAGCUGGCCAAACUGAGGGCCGUCGUGGAGAGAGGAGAGGCCCAGCGGCAGAACCUGGAGUACGAAAAGGCCGUGCUUUGCAAGGAGGCCGCGGCGGAGAGGAACACGGCCGAGGAGAGGGCGGCCAGCCUCGGCCGGAAACACAGCCAGCUCCAAGUGCGGAGCGCCGAGCUGCAGCAGCGGGCUUCGGACCUGCAGCGGGCCCUGGCCAUCGCACAGCAGGCCCGCGAGGAGGACCGACGGAGCCUGCAGACGGAGCUGGACCAGAGAGAACGGCUGCUGCUGAGCGCUGGUGCGGGGAACGAGCUGCUGGGCGCGGAGACUAGGCGCCUGAAGGCUCUGCUGCAGGAUCGGGAAGGAGCCCUGCUGGAGCUGCGCAGGAAGGUGGAGGAGAUCCAGAGAGAGCGAGACGAAGAGAGGCAGCAGCGCAGGAGACAGGCCAAAAAGCUGCAGAGUGCCGCGGGACGCGAGGGCGCCCUCCGCAGGCAGCUGGAGGAGCGUUUCCGGGAAUUGGAGGCCACGCUGGAGGCGACAAGGAAAGGCCAGGAGGGGGCGCUCUCCAGCCUGGAGCUGAUGAAGCAGCAGCUCUCUGACGUGGAGGUGGCCAAUGAGCAGGAACAGAACAAAGCCAGGGAUGCGCAGUACAUGCUCACACAGUUGGAGAAGGACUAUCUCUCCAUCAAGUCUGAGCUUGAGGAGAAGCAUAAGGCCAUGGAGGAGAAGGGCCGGACCAUGGAGGAGAUGUCAAGGGCCUUGGAGGAGAAGGGCCGGACCAUGGAGGAGAUGUCAAGGGCCAUGGAGGAGAAGGGCCGGACCAUGGAGGAGAUGUCAAGGGCCUUGGAGGAGAUGGAUAGACGGCUGGAAGACUGCGAAAGGCUGCGAGAUGGAGCGGAGCAGAAGCUUCAGGAGGCCAAGAGGCAGCAGGCCGCGGCACAGGAACUCAGCGAGAGUUUCUUGCGAGAUCUGCGGCAGAUCCUGCACCGAGAGGCAGCGGCGAGGCCACAGGCGGCAGGUGCUGUGGCUGCUGACACGACCCAGAGUCCCUCUGAGCUGGUGGAGAGUCUGAAGGAAAUGGUGCACCAUUACGAGGACUCGGUGGAGAAGAUGACCAGUGAGGUGCUGGAUCUGCGUCGUUUAAAUGAAAAAGCAACUGAGGAGAUCAAGGGCCUCGAAGACAGAGCCUCUGCCUACAGGAAAAGCAUGGAGGAUUCCCACACCAGCCUGGCACAGGCCCUCGAGGAGCUGUCUCUGCUGCGUACCCGCUGCGUGGACAGCGCCGCCCUGGUGGACAGGGCCCAGGAAGAGCUGCUAAGUUCUCGUCGCCGCUGCGAGCUGGAGCAGGAGCGCUCGGCUGCUGCUGUGAAGGAGCUCCAUGAGCUGACUCUCCUUCACCAGCAGGAUCUGCAGGACAAGCUGACCUCCCUGCACGGCCUGUACCAGCGGCUGCUCGUGGGCCGUGUGCUCCUGCCCCAGCCAGACCCCCAGCUGCCCAGCUUCUCCUGGGCCGAACUGAACACCGCCUUGCAGGAGCAGGCGGCCGCACUGACCUCCGACCUCAGCCGCGCUAAUGAGAAGAAGUGGCAGGAGGUGGCAGAGACAGGCCAGGAGAAGGUGGCCAGCCUAGAAAGCAUCCGCAAUCAGAUGGCCCUGGAGCUGGCUCGCUCUCAGCGCCUCCUCCUGCAGGCCCAGCAAGAGAGCGCCGCCCUGCUGGCAGCCUGUGCUCUGCUGGUGGGGGCGUUGGGGCCGCUCCGCUGGCGGCUCGCAGCCCUUUGCACCCAGAAGGCUCGACUCCUGGAACUGCUGGCGGGACACGAGGCCUUGGAGAAGGAGGUGGCCUCGCUGGUGUGGGCGCUGGAGCCCAAAGACAUAGCGCCUCCCGGAGAGCAGGCGGGCCGCGGCCUGAGAGCCUUCCGGAAAGGUGCUGUCGUUGCACUGGCGGCAAACCGCCUGCGGAGGCUUGGGGAGCGCUCCCGGCUGCUGUUCAUCUCGGACUGUGGCCCCACUGUGCUCCCGGCCCUCCCUGUCUGUGCCCUGGGGGCCCGAACCCCAGCAGACUGUGCCAACUUGGCCUGGGAGGAGCAGAAUUCCAGCGUGGUCUUUGGGGGCCUCCACAGCGGGGCCCUGCUGCCCACGGUCCUCAGGGCAAUGGAAGGGCUGCAGCUGAAGGCCCCUGACACAGGGUCCCGUUUGCAGCAAGGAGCUGCCUGGGGCCGUCUCUCCGUGCUGCUGGAGAAGCUGCUCGGUGAGGCCCAGUCGGCCCCCGGGGCCUGGAUCGGGGGCUGGGGGGAGCUGGUGCAGAGGCUGGGCCGCGGCCUCCGCCAGCUCCCAGAUGCCGGCCCUGCCGCCCUCACCAGGAAGCGCAUGGUACAGCUCCUGCAGCAGCACGUCCUGCAGCUGACGCAUCGGCUGCACCGCGUUGAGGUGGAGCGCCGCAGCCUGCGCCUGGAGCUGGCUCAGGCCAAGCGUGAUGCAGGGGUCAAGCGUGAUACGGCGGCAGACGGUGCUCCGCCUGCUCGGGACACGCAGACGGCGGCAGACGGCGCUCCGCCUGCUCGGGACACGCAGACGGCGGCAGACGGCGCUCCGCCUGCUCUGGACACGCAGACGCCGGCAGACGGCGCUCCGCCUGCUCUGGACACGCAGACGCCGGCAGACGGCGCUCCGCCUGCUCGGGACACGCAGACGGCGGCAGACGGCGCUCCGCCUGCUCUGGACAUGCAGACGAGCCUAUCGGAGGCCAAGGCAGAGCUGCAGAGGAAAGAUCAGGCCCUACGUCAGCUCAGCAAGAGCGUCUCCCAAUUGCAGCAAGACAAGCUGGAGCUGGAGCGAGGCGUGCAGCAUGCGGAGAGGGGCUUGCGGGCGGCAGCCCGCACCAAGGAGACCCUGACCAGCUACAUGAGGUCUGUUGCAGGCUGUGUGAAAGACGUCAAAGCGCAAGGCUCCCUGUCACUGACCGCCUCCCCUCUCUGGCUACCCACAGUGCAGCUGGACCCCCCCGAGCCCGCCGUCAACGCCUGUCAGAGCCUGGUCUCCAGCUUCGCGGAGCUCUUCCAGAUGGCCUGCACUCGCAUGGCGCUGCUGGAAGCUGAGGGCUCCUCCCUGCGAGCGCAUGCUGCCGCGCUGAAGGCUGAGUUACAGGACGCCUGCCUGCGUAACGGCCAGGGUGUCCAGGCACCUGCGCCCCCCCCGCCUGGGAUCUCCAGUCACCAGGCUGAUGCCGCUGACGCUGAUCCAGAGUCCCGUGGCUCGAGGCCCGUGGCCCAUCUCUCAAGACGGCUCUCUGCCGGGUGCCUCUCCUGUGAUGUCCAGUUAGCGCUUUUCACAGCUACAAACUCUGGACAUGCCGCCUCGAUGGGGGGGGGGGGGUAUUUACGGCCCCUGACGCCCCCCCUCACUGUUCCCUAAUCAUCCCGGCGUAUCCUCCCGCUUGGAUCCUCCAGACAGGCUUAUUCUACAUCCUCCCUGCCUUCUUGAGAGUGACACGUUUUAGGUGAUUUUCCCUGGCCAUAGGAGGGCGGGGGGGAAUCAAUAAGCCAUUUGAGUGUGUAUCUAUCAAAGCUGUUUCAUACUUGUCUGUUUUGCGGCAGAAAUGUGGCACUUUAAUGGGAUGGGAGCUGGCGGCUGGGAGCUCGUGCCGCUGAUUCCUGUCAUGCCGUGGCAGGCCAGCUAUGGCUCAGCGAGCACCCCCCCGCCCCCUGCCUC